CUAUUUGGGGUUUCAGUUCUGUUGAAGCCAUGAUGGAGGGAGUUGCAGUGCGAGUUGGCCUCCUUGGGCUGUUGCUGGCCUACGUUACUUCAGCGCCAACCAAUGUGAACAGGGACUGGGACAUCUACAGCUUCCACAUCAACUCCACAGUGACCAGUCGCUAUGCAACUACUGUCAUCACCAGUCGAGUAGCCAAUCGGAUUGACCAGUCACAGGAAAUAGAAUUCCAUGUCAGGAUUCCCAAGAAUGCCUUCAUUAGUAAAUUCAGAAUGACCAUUGAGGGAAAGACAUAUGAUGGGGUUGUGAAACAGAAGGAGGAGGCCCAGCAGCAGUACACUCAGGCAGUGUCUCGUGGACAAAGUGCUGGUAUAGUCAGUUCUGUGGGGAGGACCCUUGAGGAGUUUAAGACAUCUGUGACUGUGGCUGCGCUCAGUAAGGUGACCUUUGAACUCACAUAUGAGGAGCUGCUGAAACGUCGCCUGGGAAAGUAUGAACUCUUGAUCCACGCUCGACCCAUGCAGGCUGUUGCUGAUUUCAAGAUUGAUGUGUACAUCAAUGAACACCCAGGUAUUAACAUCCUGGAGAUUAAAGGAGGGCUGAGCACCAAAGAGCUGGCUAAUGCCAUCUCCAAAACACAGACUUCAACUGAGGCUUGGGUCCAUUUCUACCCCAGUAAGGAACAGCAGAGUCAGUGUGACAGCUGUGGAGAGGAGGGCCUGAACGGAGACCUGGUCAUUGUCUAUGACGUCCACAGGAAAAAGUCCAUAGGAGAUCUCAAGAAGUCAGAUGGGUAUUUUGUCCAUCACUUUGCUCCCAGUGAUCUACCACGCAUUCCAAAGAAUGUGGUCUUCGUCAUCGAUCGGAGUGGCUCCAUGAGUGGCAGGAAAAUUGAACAGACCCGUGAGGCUUUGUUGAAGAUUCUCGAAGACCUGGCGGAGGACGACCACUUCGGCCUGAUUACAUUUGACAGCUCAGUGUCUCCCUGGAAGAAAGAACUGCUUCCUGCCAAUCAGAAAAAUCUGGAGGCCGCCAAAAUAUUUGUACAAAAUAUUAGAGACAGAGGAGCCACUGACAUCAAUGCUGCGGUGUUGAGGGGCACAGACAUGCUGAACCGACACCUCCGAGAGGGAACAGCCUCCCUCCUCAUACUGCUCACUGAUGGAGACCCAACCACAGGAGAGACCAACCUGGAAACUAUCCACAAGAACAUAAAAGAAGCCAUUAAUAAGAAAUUCCCGCUCUACUGUCUCGGUUUUGGAAUGGAUGUUAACUUUGAGUUCCUGGAGAAGAUGGCGCUGGAAAACAACGGUGUGGGACGCAGAAUAUAUGAGGACUCUGAUGCUGCUCUGCAGCUGCAGGGCUUUUAUGAAGAGGUGGCCACACCCCUACUGACAGAUGUACAGAUGGUGUAUCUGGGUGGGGCUAACCUGACCCAGACCAACUUCAGCCAAUACUACAACGGCUCUGAGAUUGUGGUAGCUGGCCAGAUCACUGACAACAACAUAGAGGAGUUCACAGCAGAGGUCAUUGCCAUAUCGAAAAGCAACAAGGUGACGUACUCAGAGACAAUACCAACAGAGAAGCCCAUUACAGCCAGGUCAGACAGCAACCUUCAGAGGCUGUGGGCCUACCUGACUGUGAAGCAGCUACUGGACAAAGAGGUGCAGUUGAGCGGUAAUGAGAAAGAGACGGUUAAGAAGGAGAUCCUGGAUCUUUGUCUGAAGUACGGCUUUGUGACUCCUCUCACCUCCAUGGUGGUCACCAAACCCCAGGGGGAGGAGUCCCAGGUGGCCCAUAAGCCCAAGGAGGGAGAGACGCCCACCGGGACCUUCCCAGGCCACAGGUUGUACAAUAUACCAGCUUACCCUAGUAUAUCAGGGCAACCUGGAAUCCCAGGGGUCUAUGGAGUGCUAGGGCCAAUGGGAGGGCCACAUUUCCAAGUUCAGGCAAUAGGAGUUCCACAAGGAUCUAGAAGAGCAGGGCGAAUCAGGUCAAAUGUUGCACGGGGGGACAAACAAAUCAGAGGACAAUACUUACUACAAGAAGAUUUUUUGUUGGAUGCCAAUCUUCCAACUCGUUCAAUUCAAAUAAAACCUCCAAAAGAUAUACAACAAUUAUUGGAUGGCAAUCUUCCAACUCAUUCAACUAAAAUGACAACUACAACAGUAAGUCCUCUUAUUAGGUUCCUGUUGCCAGCUGAGGGUCAGGCCCUUCCACUGUGCUAUGACAUCCCUGUAGGUCUCUCACUCAGACUCCUAAAGGACCCCAACAACGAUUUUUCUAUGAAUGGUCACCUUGAAAAGUCAGACGAUGCAGGCUAUCAAAAGAUUGUUAUCCAUUACAGAAGUGAUCAGCAUAUUGAUUUUGACACUACUGGCAUCACCUUCAACAAUGGACAGAAUGCCACAUAUUUCCCCUGGAGUCUGAAUAUCAACAUUGAAAAAGACAGUGUGUCUCUGAUUCUACGGGACAAAGAGAUGGACAUCACCACAGGGUCAACACGGGUCAUCAUCAUGCUCUAUGAGAGGGAUGGAAACGUGUUCCUGUGGCCCGUCCUGAGGGAGCGCCCAAAAGGGGACAACAUUACUGGGAUCAUGGCCCGUCCACCUGUUGUCUAUGAGGAGGUCCAGGGAACAACAAUAAAACUUAAAAUUCAGGACAAAGAAGUAGACGUCUCCAGGGCCUCUACUGUGGAUCUCAGUGUUCGUUCUGCCCCCACCGUGACAUGCUGGUUGACUCCACUUCAGUCUGCCCUACAGGGGGAGCUAGCUGACUUCACUGUAUCACAACUCUAACUGCUCAUUAAGUUUGUUCAUGCAGAAAUUACACUCUAGAAAUAUGAAGAGAAAAAUAAAGACAGGUUUCUUGACAGUG